AUGUCCUGCUAUUAUUGCACGGUCGAUGAGAACAUCAACAGCUUUGACAAAAUCCGCGACGUGGAGCAGUUCGCCCUGCAAACGGCGCGCUACCUGCGCUCGCAAGAGGCCUUGCGGGCCUGCUCCGAGAGCACCCAAGGCGACGAAACCCCCCGAAGCGACCUCGCGAUGGAGGUGAUCCCGUUCUUGCGAAACGCCACGGCGACAGUCGACGUCGAGGCGUUCUUGCGGGCGGUCGAGGCGGACGUCGGGGCCCCGAAUGACCCCAUCCUCCGCGAAAAACUUCGCCAGGCGCUGCUGGAGCGGAAGCAGCUCCAUUCGGCGGAAGGGAUGGCCGCGUUUCGGGAAAAAUCCGACCCCAAGGCGAUCGCCACGCACCGGGAGAAACUGGGCUAUACAAUCGAUGUGGUGAUGGAUGCGUUGGCGCGAUGGUGGGGCCACACAGUUGAAGGCAAUGAUACUGCAUAG